CUAAAAUACAAGAGAGCGAGUAUACAAGCAGCAGGUAUUCUAAAAAAGAAAAGGAAAAGAAAGAAAGAAAAAAAAAAGAAAAAAAACAAAUAGAAAUCUGUGAUAAUGGUACGCGUAAAAAUGAGAGUCCGCGAGAGUGAGAAUGAGUAAGAGAGCUGAUUAUGUAUGUGAGAAGAGUGAGUAAAUAAUUAGGAGGCUGUGUAUGUGUCGGUGUAUUUCGUUAUAUAUGCCGUUGUUUGUGCAUAUUGUGUGUGUAUAUGGGAUAACUUGCCUAGACAGAGUUUAAAACUAGGGUGUUAUUAGGCUGUAACAUCAGUUGCAUUCUAACUUUCUAACCGUAAUAUUUAACACAACUUCUCAUGAGGCGACUUCUUUCAAGCAUACACAUCGGCCAUUAUGCAAAAUUGGGGGGAAGCCAUGCCUAAUACCGCCAAUUAUAUGGAACACAAUACGUGGUACAAUAAUAUGUUUGCGGCAAAUAUUAAAACUGAACCGGAUACCCUAAGCCCGUCAUCUGGCGGUAAUAAUAAUAACAACAACAACAACAACAAUAACAAUAUAAACACCCACAACAAUAAUCAUCAAGGAAAUACCAAUCAUUUAGAAACAUAUCUGAAACAUCAGAUUCAGCAGCAGCAGCAGCAGGCUACUUCGUUGGAUACUUUGAAUACAAUGACUUUGUCACCUCAUAAUCAUAGUGAGCAAUUCUUCGAUGGCUCUUUGCCUCAGCAGCAACAACAUCAAUUGCUACAGCAACAACAUUACCAGCAACAUUUUCACCAAGCUCAACAGGCGGCCGCUCAAAAUUUAGCCGCCGCGUCAUCAUCAUCAUCAUCACAUGUAUUACAGUUGGGUUUUAAUCCUUUAACACCGCCGGGUUAUCCGAAUGCUGUUAUACCUCCUAAUAUAAGUCAAUUUUAUUCUCAGCGUCCAUUAUCGAAUCGUUCACAUCAGCAGACACCUAGUCCGGGGCCUAUAAGUGCGUCUACUUCUUCGUCUCAUAUGGAGCAAAGUGAAAAAUCUGUUUUAACGCCUCGUCAUACACCACCGAUGGAUAUUACUCCACCCAAGUCACCAAAGUCACUUUCAUCUCUCGUUGAGGUACAAAUUUCAGAAAAAGAAGAAUUAAUGUCCAAUUCCAGUGAAGAUUUACGGGCGAACGUUGGACUCACAUUCGUUGAGAGCUUAAAGCUGAGACGUUACAAACAUGGAAAAUUGAAAAUGUACGAAUGUAAAACAUGUCAUCACCUUAGCGCUACAAAAUGGGAGGAGUACGAGCAUCGUCGCACUCAUGAGGAUAUUGAAAAGGUCUUUCAAUGUCCCAAAUGUCCUUUCGUUGCCCGAGUUAAGCAUCAUUUAGACAAAUUUCAUCUAAUUAAGCAUGAAAAUGUCAAACCGUAUAAAUGCGAGGAAUGUGACUACUCCUGUGAGAAUGUGUCCAUGUUAACGUCGCAUCAGAAGAAACACUCACCGGUAUAUCCGUAUCAGUGCGGUGAAUGUCGAUAUGCUGCCAAAUUUUGUAAUCCCUUUAAGAAACACUUACGCAACACUAAACACAAAGUGUAUAAGAUUUUAGACGAGAAUGGUGUACCGAUACCUAGCAAAUUUUUAGAUGUCUACGGAUCGAAGAGGGGUCCGAAAAAUAAUUCUUCUAGUCGUAGCAGAGGUAGCCUGAGACGGGCUAAUAAAGGCGAAUUAAAAUUGCCAAACUCGCCAAAGUUAUCCGCCAGUUUACAAGGUUACUCCAUAAAUCCAUCGCAAAUGCCAACUUCGCCGACCAAAAGUAAUAGUUCGCUGAAUAGUAAUCACAACAGUACGAACGAAGAGCCUGGUCCGCAAUUGUUACCCAAUUUGGAUACAUUUCUGCAACUCGAAUAUUUCAAAUUGUUGGCUCAGCGACAGGCGAACGCUUUAGUUCACCAACAGCACUCCCCUAGCUUAGGUGAACAAAGGGAACCUUUGACGCCGCCCGAAGAAGACGAAAUGGAACAAGAAGAAGAUGAUGAUGACGACGAUGAUGACGAGGACGAUGAAGAAGACGAUGAUGACGAUGGUGAUAAGGAGCAUGAAGAACAAGAGGUAGAAGAUGGCAACAAGACCGAAAAAACUGAUGAUGAUGAAAAUGAUGAUAAAGCUGCUGAAACCUUGGAAAUGAAGCAAAAUAGAAAUAGUGCUAAAUUGGAUGAAGCAGCCAUCGAUUUAUCGCAGAGUAAUGCACCUCAUAAAAUUGCGGAAGGAGAUAUGUCACGCGGGCAGACACCCGAAGUAGGGCAUAUUCUAAAAUUGCCCAUAGAAAUAGAAGAGACACCUUUGUAUCCCUGUAGCGGAGCAGCUAAACGUAAAGGACGUGUAUUGCGAUUGGAACAAGAACAAAUAAUGACGAACUUAUCAUCUACCAAGGAAGAGCAUAUGGAAGUUGAACAUAACGAUGUAUUAACGACGACAACCAACGUAACAUCAUCAGCGUCAUUGCCGUCGUCGUCAACGCCGUCGCCGCUUUCUGUUACGUCAAGCAAUCAAAGUCGCAGUGAUGUGAGCAACUCAAUAGUUAGCACCAGUUCCGUGGCAGCAUUAUUAGCAAAUAUUUCGUCAACAUUCAAAACAGAUAAUGAGUCUGCAGUGGCAUCAGAAAACCAUGUAUACGAGUGUAAAUAUUGUGAAACUUCAUUCAAAGAUUCUGUACUCCAUACUAUACAUAUGGGCUUUCAUUCACGUGACGAUCCCUUUAAAUGUAAUUUAUGCGGCGAAAAAUGCGACGGAGCAGUUGCUCUAACGGUCCACUUGACGCGCAAAGAACAUUCGUAAGCUAUCUUUAAGUUGAAAGUUUUCCUUACAAAAAUCUUACAUUGCUUUUACAUAUAUAUUAUCAUAUAUCAUAUAUAGUGUAGUAGUUAAUUGAACUUUCAAUGCUAUCCGAAAAAUGCAUAACUUUAAGGAUCUUAAUGGUCUUAGAACUGCCUUAAGUUAAGCACUUUUAUAUUUUAUUAUUAUGUAACUCUGCUGCUUCUCAGUUUUCUUAAAAAACUCAUUCGUUUUGGAACAUUUUUAUUCAUCUCUUUGGACACAGCUUGGGAAAUAUCAAGAAAAUGAAGAAUGUUGAGAAUCAGAAAGAAGCCGAUGCCACUUAUGUUUGCAAGAACCCCUUACGUUCUGGGUGAAAUCCAAAAAAAAAAAAAAACACCAGAUACUUUAAAAGUUUUUCAUGUUCACAAGUUGAGAGGGCUUUCCAUACCAUACCACAUAUUUAUUAAAUUUCUCUUGCCUGACUCUGAUAUUUAACAUACGCCCAUCUCAUGAACUUGACGUUGUUUUUAGUCCCACACCGAAGCAAAGCGAUUAAACGAAGAAGAUUUUGUUGAAGCUUGCGAAGAAACAUUGUAGUGUAAGAAGAUCGAUCACUCUUUAUAAAGGAACGAAAAAAAUUCUCCUUCAAGUGAGGGGUCCUUUGAUAUCAUUUUUUUUUUUGUUGGCGGAUGGCAACGCGAAAAAAAUGCUUUCAAAUUUAAUAUAUACGUCCUCCUGUCCUAUGUCCUGUGUCCUAUGUUCUAUCCAGUUCAGUAUUCUUUGAACAUUUGGUAUGGGUCUGGUAUUUGGUGCAACCAGUCUCAGAAAGCGUAUAUAAAUAUUCUUGAUCAGCAUUAGAUUGUGAAAAGAUUAGAGCCUGUCGAUCCGAAGCGAAGACAUUCGCAAUUCGUCGACAUAAGUUUCUACUGAAUAUGGGACAAAUCAGUUAAAGGUAUAACACUUAAGAUUUUUUCGCUCAUCAGUUUAUAUAAUCUAUUGCAAUAUAUGGAAGUAUUGAAGAUUUGAUCGCAAUCGAUUAUAAAACUUGAUGAAUAAAAAUUGAUUUUACCCAGAGCAUAACGGGGAAGUUGAAGAGAGAGAGAGAGAGAGUGGCAACAGCUUAUAUCCGUUCUUUACUAGUCGAUCGAUCUAUCUAUCAAUUCUAUUAAAUGGCUCUUCUGAUCCAAAUUUUUUUUUUUUUGCUUAAGCUUACGAACUGUUCUUCUUAAGUUUAGCAUAUGAUAGGCUUGCGAAAAAAAUAAUUUGAAUUUUAGUAUAAGUACAUUGUAGUCAGAAUAUCUCUUUUAACUUUGCUCUCUUCUGCUUAUGUAUAUAUAAAAAACGAAAUAUUUAUUAUUAAAUUAAAAAAGAAAAAAUUCAA